AUGGGGAACAGGAUUGUGCUCGAUCUGGCGCUCUACAAGGACAACGCACCGAUCAACGACCUGGUCAUCGACAACAUCCUCGGGGCCGAUUUCCGCCUCGCCCGCGCGCCGCUCGUGCGCUUCACCCUGACCAACGUCCUGCGCGACGCCCGCACCGCACGCAGCAUCAUGAAGCGCGUCAUCUACGACCACACGAUCGAGCUGCCCCGCAUCAACCCGCGCCACCACAUGAAGCCCUACGCCUUCGCCUACGGCGUGUCAGCGCGCGAGGGCGACGCCGGCCAGUUCUUCGACCGCCUGGUCAAGGUCGACGUGCGCUCGGGCGAGCGGUGGGUGUGGGACGUCGAGGGCCACUUCCCGGCCGAGCCCAUCUUCCUCGCCACCCCGGACGGCGAGGACGAGGACGACGGCAUCCUGCUCAGCAUUGUGCUGAAUGGGGAGACGGCAACGAGCUAUCUGCUGGUGCUCAAUGCCAAGGACAUGAGCGAGCUGGCGCGGGCGCAGGUGCCCCACCACAUCCCCUUUGGCUUCCACGGUGCGCACCACCCCGCCCUUCCCUCCCGACGAACACCGCGCGUGCAGUGUGUGCGUGUGUGUGCUCACCUUGGCUUGAUGUGGCUCUAG